GGAUUGGACGCCUAAGGGAAAAGAAACUGACAAAGAAUUAAAGCAGGAUUAUAGUUCUUGCAGAGAGAAGAAUUUCUACACAAUAUGUGAACAAAACUGAUGCUCACUUCAGAUAAGAUUCAGGAAGACAUAUGGACAGCCUGGAAACAAAUGUGGGAAAAAAUGGAAGAUUAUGACGGAAGACAUGUAGGAUCCCAUAGCAGAGUCAGCACUCUGCCUCAUGGCCAGUGGAUGUGAUGGAUCUGAACAUAUAAAAAUGCAUAAAGAUAAAGAGAAGAAAAAGACGGUUUACCUUUACCUUUCUUAUUGAUCAUUAUAGUGUUGAACAAACAAUAACCUAAGACAAAUAAACACGGAAACUUUUCCUGUCUGUUGUAAGGAUUUGAAUUGUCAGUAACCAUGGAUAAAGAAGAAAUGGAAGCCUAUCUUGACUUUUCUUUAAUGGCAGAAAGAAAUCAAAAACAACCUAUGAACUUGAAUCAGAUUGAUAAAAAUGCUGACGACAAUAAUCUGAAACAGAAUUGGAGUGAAAUAAGUGAACUCAGUGGUAGUGUUGCAACAACCCGAGGUCUUGAUUUAACAAGUGAAUAUCUCCUCACAAAAUCUGCCUCGAAUGUUCAAUACACAUCCGAACAUUUUCUUUUGGCUUCGGAAGGGCAGGGAAAUGAAGAAACAAAGGGAAGUAAUUCAGGCAUUACAAAAAUGGAAAUUGGAAGCCUCUUUCAACAGGUCAACCAAGAAAAACCUUUAAAGGAUGGUGAAAUUUUAUCAAAAGCUGUUGACAGUUCUCCAGUAUUCAGCAGACAGGAAGAAAAUGUGGACGAUAGAAAUGUAAAUCAUAGUCCUUGGAGCUAUAAUGAUGAAAUUGUGGUGUUGAAUCUUUCAAGGGGAGAAAAAACUAACCCAACCACAAGCUCUGCAGACAACAUUGUUGUUCAGUUUGAAAGUGAUCUUCAAUCAAAAACAGAAAUGCAUCUGAACUUUAUACAAAGGGAACAGAAUAACUUUAACUCAUCAUUCCUGUGUGAUCAGAAAAAUCAAAAAUCUGAAAGUGACACAAAACCACCAAUUUCACAAAAAAAAAUAUUAGGGGAUUUAGAGCAAGGCAAGGGAGAUAAUCAGACAUGUGAAGGCAUUGACAAUGUUGAAGGGCCUUCAUGUUCCAAUAUGUUAGACCAGGGAAAGGGAUGUGACUCUGAUCAACAUUGUGAAAUAAUACAGAACAAAGCUGCUUCAGAGAUAAAAUUUCAUGCUGAUGAUGUGGCUGUUGAACGAAGCAUUUACGUCUCAAAGGAAAGUACAGUGGCGAUGAAUGGGAAUGACCUUUCAAGGCCUCAGUUUGACCUUUCCAAUGACCUUUCCAGGGCACAGCUUGUAACAUCAGAGAGAGACUACCCCGUAAAGACACCGAUUAAAGUCAAGUCUCCAAUCAAAAUGACAUUUAAGAAAAGGAAAUACAAAGUAGAAAACAUGUGUAAAGGAGAAAACAAAGCAGAUACAUUAGUUCAAGACAACAAGAAAUUUUGUCACGAAAAAUUGAUAGAAACAUCCACAAGUAACGACAGUGAUUACGAUGUUGAUCAUGAUGGUCUUGUCGAAGAGAAUGUUCCAUUGGACUACUCAAUGCAUGCUACACUUGUCCGUCAAAACUUGUCAAAGAGUGGCACAACAGAUCAGGCUUCUACAAAACAGCUCAGUGACACUGAUGCCAAUACAAGUGAUCAGGAUCAGGAAAGCUUUUGCAGUUCAUUGAAACUGGUAUCUGUCAGCGAAGUGGAACAAAAAAAAUCUUCUGGAAGCCGAUUAAAAUCAGAAAAUGAAAGUAGUACGGAAGACGAAAUAGUAGAAUCUGAUUCCAAGGAAGAGGAAACCGAUCAGAAGGGAAUAGGACAGGUGGACAACUUUGUGUUAGAAAGGUUAAUAAAAAAUUGUCAGGAAAAGAAAAAAUCGAAAGUGAAAACAACUGGAAACAGUAAUUCAAAAGUUAAGGUCUUUAACUGUGAUACAUGUUCAAAGACAUUCACCAGAAAGUCAACAUGGCGACACCAUGUGAAAAUUCAUGUAGACGACAAGUUUAAGGAAUGUAAAGUUUGCGGUAAAAAACUAAAAUUUUCCGGCAAUAUGUUAUCUCACUUGAAAACUCACACUGGUGACAGACCUUUCAAAUGUGAAUUUUGUGAAAAAACUUUCACCCGUGCUGCCAGCCUGUACACCCACGUGCGUUCUCACACGGGGGAGAAAGCUUUCUUGUGCGAAAUUUGUGGGAAAGGCUUUGCAGACAAGAGCCAUUACCGCAGACAUUUAAGGAUUCAUUCCGGCAUCAAACCAUUUAAAUGUGACGUUUGUGAAAUGGCUUUCACUCAGAGCUGGAGUUUAAAGUCGCAUAUGCUCUGCCAUGCUGAAGAGAAACCACACAUCUGUUCCUUCUGUGGUAAAGGCUACACACAAAAGGCAUACCUGGAAAGUCACGUCCGUUCACACACUGGUGAGAGACCCUACAGCUGCGAAACAUGUGGGAAAAGUUUCAGCGACAGUAGUUGCAUGAGGCGUCAUGCCAAAUCGCACCUCGGUGAACGAUCGUUUGUAUGUGAACUGUGUGGCAAGGCGUUCGGACGGGGUUGGAAUCUGACCGUUCACAUGAGAAUUCACUACGAUGAUAAAAGAUAUGAGUGUUAUAUUUGUGGUAAAGCAUUUGUACAGAAGAUCAAUCUUGAUAAACAUAUUCUUACUCAUCCUGUUGAACCAUGUGAUUGAAUGAUUUAAGCAUACUGUACACUAACAUUUAUUUGUGUGUGAUUUAUUUUCACAGUAGAUAGACCAUAUUUUCUUAAAAAGUGCAAGUGACUGAUUCAUGGUAUGUUUUCUCUGGUCUUAAAUUUGAUUACUUGAAUGGAAUUGGAAUAGUCCAUUAUGAAAUGGCAGAGGUGAAUGAGUUAAAGGGAAAUAACUCUGCUAAGUUCUUUUAAAGUUUAUUGUAUGUACUCCAGGUUUAUCAGACUUUGUGUCAGGAAUAGCGAAAGUAGAUAGACCAUAUUUUCUGAAAAAGAGCAAAUUAAUCAUGCGUUUACAUGUAUCAUAGUAUGUUUUAAUUUCUUUGGUCUUAAAUUUGAUUACAUGAAUGGGUUUGAUAUCAAUUACUGCAAAAAUAAAUACAACAAUACAUUUAUUAACGAUGUGAAUAUGAACCUGUGACCUGAGGCUAGAAUACUCGACAGCGUAAGCUUCAUCUUUGAUAUUUACACAUGACAUAUCUGUGUAUCCUUUUUAAAAGUUGAGAUAUUGAAUUUAAAAGAUGAAUUAUAUAUAAAUGGGUCUGUACAUAUUGCAUUUAUCCAGCAAUACGCCCAUGCUUGUUAAUAAGCGCACUGAUAUCUAUUGCAGUUCAAUAACAAUGCUAACAAGUGCUAUUCAUGGUCCUAUAAUCAGCCAUCAUAGAUACUCAAGGGGUUAUAUAUAUAUGGUCACUUUUGCUCUCUGCACCACCAGAAGAUGUUGCAGCGUAAUUGAAUUGCACACAACUAGUUAUUUUUAUUAGCUCACCUCGUCUGUCGCCAGUCAACUUUUUUCUUUAAAACACUACUAGUCCUUAUAAUUA